AUGUGCAUCUCCUCAUCACUUUCUCCUUUCAUAAGUGGAGUUCAGCCUCAUCCUUUUCACCAUAUUUUCCACUCUUCUAGAUCUACAACAAGCAAGAACCACAGGUUUUUUAUUCGUUCCUCUCUUUCCAUGGAUUCAACCAUGCCUGAAGUUGCCUAUGAUUACUCUCCCUUCCUUCGCAUUUACAAAGAUGGUCACAUAGAGAGACUCAGGGGCACCGACAUCGUCCCUUCUGGAUUGGAGCCCAAAACCAGCGUGCUGUCUAAAGAUGUUGUAUAUUCACCAGAAUUAAAUCUCUCUUCCAGACUUUACCUGCAAGAAAAGACCAACCCUAACCAAAAACUCCCUAUCCUAGUUUACUAUCAUGGUGGUGGCUUUUGCAUUGAAACUCCCUUCAACUUUCGUUACCAUAACCACCUGAACAAUUUAGUUGCGGAGUCUAAUGUAAUAGCAAUCUCUGUUGAUUAUAGAUUGGUUCCAGAGCACCCUCUUCCUAUUGCAUAUGAUGAUUCAUGGACAGCACUUAAAUGGGUUGCCUCCCAUGUUAAUGGAGAUGGCCCUGAAGAGUGGCUAAACUCUCAUGCUGAUUUCGGUCAGGUGUUUCUUGCUGGAGAUAGUGCUGGUGCUAACAUAGCACACCAAGUUGCUAUGAGGUACGGUCAAGAAAAAUUGUCUGGUAUUAACCUUUCAGGUGCUAUUUUAGUACAUCCAUAUUUUUGGGGCAAAGACCCUAUCGGUACCGAAGGUAAGGAUUUGGAAUUAAAAUCAAAGAUGGAUGCUAUGUGGCAUUUUGUAUGUCCUGCAUCAAGUGGGUUGGAUGACCCUUUGAUUAAUCCACUUGUUGAUCCAAAAUUGGAUAGCCUGGGCUGCACAAAGGUUCUGGUUAUUAUUGGUGGGAAGGAUAUCCUGAGGGAUAGAGGUUGGCACUAUCAUGAGAAGUUAAGUAAGGGUACUGGAUGGGCAGGUGUGGUGGAGAUUAUGGAGGGGAAAGACGAUGCGCAUGUCUUCUAUUUGGACGAUCCUACUUGCGAGAAUGCUGUGGCUUUGGUUAGAAGAAUCGCUUCUUUCAUCAACAAAGACAAGGCCUGA